AACGCGGCAGCGCUGCGGUCCUCGCUGCGGCGGAGGACUACAGCGCCCCGGGUCCUGGACAGAGGCGGCUGGCGUUGACAGUUGGUUGGUACUCAGAGAAGUACAGCGGCACAAACAUCGUCCGGCUGUUUCUUUUUUUGCGAGGGCUUUCCCGUUUGCCAAAGGUUGACAGCCGCAAACAUGCAGUCCGAAUCGGGAAUAGUUCCAGACUUCGAGGUCGGAGAGGAUUUUCAAGACGAGCCCAAAACGUACUACGAAUUGAAGAGUCAGCCUCUGAAAAACAGCAGUCCGUCGGAGCAGCACAGCUCCUCCAAGCCCCCGCUGAGCUCCUCGGCCAUGACAUCACGCAUCCUGCUGCGGCAGCAGCUGAUGCGGGAGCAGCUCCAGGAGCAGGAGCGGCGGGAGCACCAGCGCCAGCAGUCCUCCCAGUACCCACCCACCACAGUGGCCCAGACCCCCGCCAUCAAUGUCAGUGCCCCCGCCACCCUACCACCUGCUGCACAGGUGCCAAUGGAGGUGCUCAAGGUUCAAACUCACUUGGAGAACCCAACCAAGUACCACAUCCAGCGCUCGCAGCAGCAGCAGGUGAAGCGGUACCUGGGCAAGCUUGGCUCUCAGGCAUUGAGCUUGCCCUGCCCCAACCAGUCCUCUGACCACGGGGGCAUGCCGCCAGGGCCGGGCAACAGCGCCCCCAACAGCCCUAUGGCCUUACUGACCCUCAACUCUAACUGCGAGAAAGAGAUGGAUGAUGUCAUAGAUGACAUUAUUAGUCUGGAGUCCAGUUACAGUGAUGAUAUCCUCGGCCUCAUGGACCCGGGACUUCAGAUGGCAAACACGAUCCCCGUGCCUGCUAACCUCAUGGACAUGUACGGUAAUCAGGGCAUGACCCAGCAAGGCUUGCCCAUCAGCAACUCCUGCCCAGCAAACCUGCCCAACAUCAAAAGGGAAUACUCAGUGUCACAAUCUCCAUCCAUCAUGCAUAUGCUGGAUAAGUCGGGAUCCUGUGGCAAAUUUGACACCUAUCAAAGGCCUGAAGGGUUCCCUGUGGAAGCAGAGGUAAGAGCUAUGGCUAAGGAGAGGCAGAAGAAAGACAACCACAAUCUGAUUGAGAGACGACGGCGGUUUAACAUCAACGAUCGAAUCAAGGAAUUGGGAACCUUGAUUCCAAAGUCUAAUGACCCAGACAUGCGCUGGAAUAAAGGCACCAUCUUGAAGGCGUCGGUUGACUACAUCCGGAAACUUCAGCGGGAGCAGCAGAGGGCCAAAGAGCUGGAAAGCCGUCAGAGGAAACUGGAGCAUGCCAACCGACAUCUGAUGCUGAGAAUACAGGAGUUGGAGAUGCAGGCGCGGGCCCACGGCCUGUCCAUCACAUCGACAGCUCUCUGCGCCGCUGAACUCGGGGCACGGACCAUCAAACAAGAGCCAUCUCUGGAGGACUGUCGCCAAGACCUGUACACGCUCCACCCCCACCACCAGCACCACCCGGCCUGCACCCCAGAGCAGCCCGGCACGCUGGAGCUGAGCGACGGCCACGCCAACUUCCCAGAGGGCCACUACAGCGCCCACAGCAAAGCGGGCUCCAAACUCAACGACAUCCUCAUGGAUGACACCCUAUCCCCGGUGAGAGGGGUGGACCCUUUGCUCUCGUCUGUCUCCCCAGACACCUCGAAGGACAGCAGCCGUAAGAGCAGCAUAAGCAUGGAUGAGAACGAGCAGGGCUGUUAGCGCCUCCUGGUGGAGGACACCUAACCCCUUCCGCCAAGCUCCACACACAGCAGGAGACUCGUUCUCCUUUUUGUUGUGUUUUUGUUUUCUGUCUCCCCCCCACCCGUGUUUAAAUGUGUAAUUUCUUUGCCUUUUUUUUUUAAUUUUUUACGUCUUUUUAAGCCCUCAACCUUGAUUUCAAGGAUUGAUUUUAAAGCGGUUGGUUUAAUCAGUACUUUGGUGACAAUGAGUAACGGAGAAUAGAAGUUUUUAUAUUUAAAAAAAAAAAAGCAUUUAUCUUUGGUUAGAGACUAGGUUAUAUGUUUUUCUACUGAUUCCAAAGAAUCUAGGGAAAUGAUAAAUCAUGGUCAGAAAUGUAGAGAUGUGAAAUGUGAGAUGAACACUGCUUUUGAAAUCACUAGCAAUAAUAGAAGACAAAAUAUUUAUUACUUUAGUGCUUUACACUCUUUGUGUCUUAGAUUGAACUUGAAUGUGCCAAUGCCUUAUUGAGAUGUUCAUACAUUGUUGUUGUACUCCUAUGCACAUGUUUUGGCUGUUAGCUGAGUCAGUCUUCCGGUUGAAAUUUCUCGCUUGAAUGAUGUUGAAUCAUUUGUAGAUUUGAUCUUAUUUAUGUGUUUAUGUAUACAGGACUUUAUGUACACAUUCCCCUUUAGAUUUUAAUUUAUAACUAAGCUAUCAAAUUGACUUAAAAUAAUAACUAAAAAAAUCUUUAAGCACAACCUCCCUUUGUAUAUAAAAAAGCACAAAUUUGUCAUUGAUAAAGAUAUCUUUUUUUUUUGUCCUUAUGAAAAAUAAUCCAAGCAAAAGACAGAGGUCAAGUUUCACAAUACAUGCUUGACUUUACAUCCUAACUGGUCUGACAGUGUUAAACAGAUACAUUCCUCACAAAACCUCCCAAAUAAAAAAAAAUAAGAAAAGGCCAAAUGAAGAUGAGGUAACUAAUUCAUUUGAUGGAUCUGGAUGUCGGUACGUGAUUUUUUUUCCCCCUGUGGUGAUCAAACAGACGAGUAGCAAAGCUUCAGCAAACGCAGAAACACGGCACAGGUGAUGCUCACAAUUUCUAGUCCUUUCCACUGAUUUACCUAAAUUAUUAUUUUUAUACCACUUCAGUGACGUUACACUUUCAGGGUUUUUUCUUCGUUUUUUUUUUCCAUGAUGUGAAAUGUAUAAUGCCAAGGAGUAUAAGGAGACCGUUUUUUGGAUUUUGUAUGAAACGCAUGACAUUGUCAAAACACUGGAACGACCUCUGUACACUUAUUUGUGGGUUUUAAGCCUUUUUCUGUCAUGAACGCAUGAACUAACUGUUCGGCUGCUGUAGAUUUUUGCAGUGUGUUUACAACAGUUGCAGCAUGCUCGGACACAACAGCCUCGCCAUCCACUGAAAGCCCUGCCGCAGCACAGCCUCCGUUUAGUCAAACUAUGCAACAGUUAAAGUUGUGCCUGUGAAGCAGCAUCGUGUCUUUUUUUAUGGAGUAGUUUGAGAUGGUGUAAAUGUCAUUACCUUUUCAUUUAAGUGCCUUACUGUUGCUUCUUUUAUCCCGCUGGUGUAUGAGGAGUGAUGCAGUAUUUUGUGUAUGUUAAUACUGGUGUUUGGUGCUUCAUAGAUUUUCAAUGCCGAGGUGCCCAAAUCCAUUAGAGAGCAGGUUAGGACUAUCUGCCAUACGAGAUAACACUACAAGUCUCUACAAGUAGCAUACAUAUCCAUACAUAUAUCUGUGUAUACGUGUGUGUAUAUAUAUGUAUAUAUUUAUAUGUAUGUAAAUGUGUAUGUAGUGUAUCCCCAAAGUGUUCAUUAUUAAAUGGGUUAGAACAAUUCCUAUAUAAAAUAUGUCAGAUUGUAUGGACAAGCACACAAAUCUGGCAAUGAUUUAACUUACUUUCCUUGGAGCAGCUUUAUUUGUUAGUUUUUUCUAGUUACUGGACAUUUCCUAACAACUCUUCAAUGGCAUCUAUUCCAGUCACUAACUCGUCCACAAGCCUAGGGUCUUUAACAACAGCUUAGAAAGGUGGCUGGUUAGCAUUUACUAGCUUAAUUGACAGUGCCAAAGUACUAACAAGCCAAACGAUUAACUGCUACAGGGGCUACUCGGCCGGCCAGUGAUGAGUAGAAGUGUUAAAAAAAACGUGUUAUCGGUGGAAAUUCUGUUCUAGGUGGCCCCAUUAACAUGUUGCUGUUUAAGUCCCACCCUCAUUUUGGCAUUUAUUUGCUAACUAUUGCUGAGAGUCCUUUUGGUCUUGAGUUUGCAUGUUCCCUGCAUGCAUAAAUUGUCUCUUUCUGGGUAGGUCUACUCCAGUUUCCUACCGCCAUCCAAACACAUGCGUGUAAGGGUAAUUAAAGACUCUAAAUUCCCCGAGGACUGAAUGUAAGUGUGCAGUUGUUUGUCUCUGUGUGGCCUUGUGAUGAGCUGUUGACCUGUGCAGGGCGUACCCCAGCUCUCGCCUAAUGACUGCAAUGAUUGGAUAGGCUCCACCACCCCGCGACCCUUUAAUAAUAUGCAUAGGCAAUAGAUGGAUAGAUGGACGAAUAUAAAUCUUGAUAUGCCAGACAUGAACGCUCCCCUCAUCGUACUAUUAUUUUACCUUUUGACCAAAAAACAAAUUUUCAAUUAACCUGAGUUAUAGUGUCCCUUUGACUGCAAAUCAGCACUUAAACAUGUUUUAAACAUAAGAAAUUAGCCUAAAGUAUCAUUGUCCCAGAGUGCAGCCUGUCUAAGCCUACAGCCUAUAAUCCUGUCUGACUCAUUUUAUCUACAUUUAUAUCUAUUUAGUACUGAACACUUUGGAUUUCCAUAUCUUGUAGCUGUGGACUUUGUGUUUUCUCUUCCCAGAGUUACACCAACUGAUUUUUUUCUAUCCUCAUGAGACUAGUUGUUUGCAGUUAUAUGCCAAACCUAAGGCAGCACAUUUAUAUAAACCCAUUCUUUGCAUUUUAAAUGAGUAGUUUGCGGCAAAGAAAACCACAACAAAAAAAGCAUAGCAAGGUUCCAUGACAGCUUUUGUCAACCUUUCACCUGCACCUCAUGGCGAUAGCAGUCAGUUGAGCGGACUCCAUCCCCUGCUUCUGACUGUGAUGCUGCUGACAGCCCGCCAAAACGCUGGGAAGUGAACCCCGGAUAUACACAAGUUUGACUGAACCCUGAAAUGUGACAGGAAUGGGUAUUAGUGUUACACGCUCUCACAAUAUUUAAAAGCCAUCACUUUUGCUUUUUGUCAUGGGACACUUUGGGUAAACCACUAAUGAAAAUCACGACAGCACAGAUUUUUACCUCCCCGCCCAACUCUCAUUCCUGUGGUCCUCUCAACGAAACGCUACGUUGCUACUUUUGGUAUAGUUCCAGUUUUUAUGACAUGAAUGUAGCAAUAGUCAUUGUGCUGACUGGUUUCCAAUUAGUGAAUUCAAUGAUACUUAAAGUCUGAACUAUCUCUUUAAAGAUAUUAAAGUUUUAUUUGAAUACUGUCAGAAAUGUGUGUUUUUAUUGUCCAAAAAGCAGAGGUGUUCAGUAACGAAUUAGAACUACUUAAGUACUGCACU